GCAAGCAAACAACUCGGCUCCGCGGCUCCCCCGGGAGUGGAAGCCAGGAGGGAGGGGGAGAGGAAGCGGGGUGUGCUCAGUAGGCGGGACAAAGUUUUUUUUUUUCUUCUCCCUUUUUUUUUCGGUCGCAAGUAGGAAGCUUUUUGCACUCCACCACCUCUGGCCGCUGGGAAGACGUCAUCGCUUCCGCCCUACUUCCUCCUCCUGUUGGCGGCGGUGAGAAUCCAAUAUGGAGUAAAUCGGUGGAGUCGAGAGAUGGGGCUCGGACGGGGCGCCCUGCACCGCCUCCCAGGCGCACCUCCCCCGGCCGCCGACCGCUCCCCGGAACCGUGAUUGGCCCGGCCCCCCGGGGGCGACCCCGGACUGAGCCCCCCCACCCGCGGCCGGCGCUCUUCUCCUCGCAGCAGUCCCCGCCGCUCCGAGGCGCGCUUGUUUUUCUCCUGCUCUCCCCCACCGCCGUCCCCUUCCCAAAUCUCGCCCCCUCUGCCCGCUCCCGAGCCCCCGGAGCCUCCGCCCGCCUCUCCCCACGGCGCUGCGGCGUUCACUCCCCGCGCAGCCUGCCUUUGCACCCCUUCCCCCAAACCUUACCCCGCGCCCUGCUUCCCCUUCUGCUGCGGCGCCCCCUUCAUCUCUAGCCGCCCCCCCUCCCCAAAUCAGGCGAUCUCCGGAGAUGUGAAGAAGGGGGGCGAGCGGACAGGAAGAUGAAGGGAGCAAAGCUGCCCGCCGCGGGACAGGCGUCUAGGUGAACAAGAAAAUGACCGAAGAAACACACCCGGACGAGACCAUCUCAGAAACCACCCAGCAAAGACUGAGAAGCCACUCUUUUAGACCAGUUCCCCCUCCCUUCUCCCUUUGGAGUGGUUACUCAAGCGCAGACAUAUAUUGGGAAAACACAAGGUGGAUGUGAAACCAAGGAAACUCCUGCUUUGAGAAGUACAGAAGUGCAGACCCACAACCAACCUCCUAAUGUCAAGCUGGCAUUUUAGGGAAAAAGCCAUGACCUCACCUCAGGAGACUCCUCUCUCAACUUGAUCUCACAGCCAUUUGCUGGAAACAUUUUCAGAAGCCUUUGUGGAACUCUUUUCAGAAGAAAAAAAGAGAGAAAGUGGGGGCCAUACUUGGCACUAUGACAGCUAUAUUGUGCGUGUCAAGGCUGUGGUUAUGACCAGAGAUGACUCCAGCGGGGGAUGGUUCCCACAGGAAGGAGGCGGGAUCAGUCGCGUCGGGGUCUGUAAGGUCAUGCACCCCGAAGGCAAUGGACGAAGCGGCUUUCUCAUCCAUGGUGAACGACAGAAAGACAAACUGGUGGUAUUGGAAUGCUAUGUGAGAAAGGACUUGGUCUACACCAAAGCCAAUCCAACGUUUCAUCAUUGGAAGGUCGAUAAUAGGAAGUUUGGACUUACUUUCCAAAGCCCUGCUGAUGCCCGAGCCUUUGACAGGGGAGUAAGGAAAGCAAUCGAAGACCUUAUAGAAGGUUCAACAACAUCAUCUUCCACCAUCCAUAAUGAAGCUGAGCUUGGCGAUGAUGACGUUUUUACAACAGCUACAGACAGUUCUUCUAAUUCCUCUCAGAAGAGAGAGCAACCUACUCGGACAGUCUCCUCUCCCACAUCCUGUGAGCACCGGAGGAUUUAUACCCUGGGCCACCUCCACGACUCAUACCCCACGGACCACUAUCACCUCGAUCAGCCGAUGCCAAGGCCCUACCGCCAGGUGAGCUUCCCGGACGACGACGAGGAGAUCGUGCGCAUCAAUCCCCGGGAGAAGAUCUGGAUGACGGGGUACGAGGAUUACCGGCACGCACCCGUCAGGGGCAAGUACCCGGACCCCUCGGAGGACGCGGACUCCUCCUACGUGCGCUUCGCCAAGGGCGAGGUCCCCAAGCAUGACUACAAUUACCCCUACGUGGACUCCUCAGACUUUGGCCUAGGCGAGGACCCCAAAGGCCGCGGGGGCAGCGUGAUCAAGACGCAGCCCUCCCGGGGCAAGUCGCGGCGGCGGAAGGAGGACGGAGAGCGCUCGCGGUGCGUGUACUGCAGGGACAUGUUCAACCACGAGGAGAACCGCAGGGGCCACUGCCAGGACGCGCCCGACUCCGUGAGAACUUGCAUCCGCCGGGUGAGCUGCAUGUGGUGCGCGGACAGCAUGCUCUAUCACUGUAUGUCGGACCCCGAGGGAGACUAUACAGACCCUUGCUCGUGCGAUACUAGCGACGAGAAGUUUUGCCUCCGGUGGAUGGCUCUUAUUGCCUUGUCUUUCCUGGCCCCCUGUAUGUGCUGUUACCUGCCCCUUCGGGCCUGCUACCACUGCGGAGUGAUGUGCAGGUGCUGUGGCGGGAAGCACAAAGCGGCCGCGUGACUCAGUUUCCCUCCCUUCUCCCUCCAUCCACAGCCACAGGGGAACUCGUCUCUUACAUACUCUCAUCUUCUCCCCCGCUCCCUUCCACUUCAAGGAGCGAGGAGGGCAAGCGGCCUCCCAGCUCCCUGGUACCUUGAGGCACCAUUCCAGCCAGGGACGCUGCCGGGUAGACUCUCCACUCCCCCCGCCGCCCACACUGCAGCAGCCACAUCCAUACACACACGCUCGCACAGUGUUCUGAGGAAGGAACCUUCGCCACAGACUCCUGUACUAGUAACAAUCUGUAACCAAGCUAACUGUCUCAUCCAUGUGUUGAUUUCCUGUUUCCUCCUCCCCCGCCUCUUCCAGUUCAAAGGAGUCUGCAGUUGGAACUGCUGAUUUUCAGUGGGUUUUGUAGUUGAUUUUUCCAAGAGCGUCGAAGACUCUCUUUCUCUUGGUUCACCUUGCCUGUCGCUAGCAAGCAUCUGGUUCUGCGGAAAUGGGAUGUGAGAAUGAUGAAACCCGACAGAAGUAUCUCAGCCUGCAGUCAGUUAUUAUGUAUAGGAGGUGAGCUAGUUAACAAACUUGUACCACAAAACAAUAUCGCUUUAACUUUUCUAAAGCCAAAUUUCCCAUAUAAGCUGCAGUUUCUAUCUUUAGCCCAUCAUCAUUUUCUGCCCCCCCAAAAUCUGUUGAAAUGAUUCACUGAUGCAAAACAUUCACCCGUAAUAGACUGAGAAUUGAGCCUUAACUUCAGAUUAACUUGUGAGAACCAGGAAAAUUCCUUCAACUGCAUUGCAUCCUCUUGGACCAGGGCUAGAAUGGGGAUUUCAGGUUUCUAUGAGCCUCCCCAUUACCCCUAAAGUAGAACAUUUUUUAAAUUGUGUUGCCACCACUUUUAAAAAUUUAGCAAUAUUAGAAUAGGAUACCAGUGAAGUAAGAAAUUUUGCUUGUUGUUUUGCAAACCAAAUAGUUUCCUCAAACACAAAUCAGUGUUCCCACAAACAAGUUCCAAUUGAGAAACACUAAGGUUACAGUGAAUAAAACCAUAGGGAGCUUCCCCCCAACCCCUGGCUAUUUUAUAUUAAUGGGGAGAGGGGAUUUUUAAAUGUCAUAAAUUUGAAGAGUGGUGGGUUGCGUUUUCUUCAUGGGUUUAUGUUUUCGUUUUCAUUUUGGACUCAAUUUCACAUCACCAAAUUCCUCAUUUAUACUUGGGGAAAAAAACAAGGCCAUAUGUAAAAACCCUUCCAAUGCCUAAGUGUCUUUCUCCUGCAACUCCAAACCCAGACUCGCCACUUUGGGUGCACAGGUGGUUAGGUCAGCCAACUGGUUCUGCCCGUCGCCUUGCCAUGGAGGAGGUUUCUAAUUAGCUGGAAAAGAGUAUUUUUCUAAUACGUUGCAAGGAUUAGCCAAAUCUUAUUAUUGAAGAAAGAAGAAAAGUGAAGAGUGGUUACCUAUACCUAGCAUAGUACAAUCAGAACCUCGUGGAGACCACCGGGGACGGGCUUGUGGACGCCGGCUGUUCUUCCCGCCACGGUCUUUCUGUGGUAACGGCCAGCAGAAGACAUGGCCUGCUCCCCACUCCCUUUCCCCACUCCUUCUUUAUUGCACACAGGACACCAGUCUUCAAGGAAAGGGACUUUUUUCCAGUCUGCCAAUCAUAUUGGGAAAGUGCUAGCUGUGCUCACCUUCAUGGGGCUGUUUCCAGCUCGUCCACAAGUUCAUUGCGUUUCUUUAGUAGAUUACCGGUGUAAAUACCCAGUGUGCUUAUGAGUCAGUUAGUAGACGUCUUCAUUCAUUGGAGUAACUGGUUUAGGCUUUCCAGUUUGGAAAAGGAGCAGAGAGCUGUCCAUCUGGAUUGAUGGAAGAAAAAGAGAACCUCAUCCAUGCCUGGAGAACAUCUAGAAAAUCUUCAGCCAGCCUCCAGUGCUGUCGAGAGACCACCUUCCCCCGACCCGGAGGCACCUUCUUGGGGUCUUUCUCUAGGGUCUCUUCUCUACAAAGCACAACACUAAUGUUCGUUUCCUUAGACCUCAGUUUGAGUGCCCCUAUUUAUUUCAAUAAGAACGCACAUAUCCCAGCUGUUUUUUGUUUGUCACCUCUAUUUAGUUGUUACCUGUUUCUCUCUUCUUUCACCCCCUUGUCCUUUUCCACCCUUUUAAGAGUUAUGCUAGCAGAUCUUACUCCACGUAUACUUUUUGGUUUUUGAAGGCAUCGGUUAAGGGCACAAAGACAGCCAUGGGGACAUUUAUGUAAAUACGUCUCUAAUUGCCACACUGCAGCUGAACAGUGUGUAGUAUUUUCCCAGUCAGCUUUGCCAUACUGACGUCAAUCAUUUGAGAGAAAUUAUUCAGAUUUUAUUUUUGUAUCUGUGGUAACAAAACAUUAACCAAAAGAUUUUCUGUCCAGAAGCCUCCCCGACCCCCCAAGCUAUUUGCUCACAUUAACAAAUUAAAGUGCCUGAAGCAUAAUUCAUUCUUUACCUGUAUACUAAAAACCCUGUUGUAUUGAUUUUUUUAUAAUAAGCCUUUUUACCUCUGUGUAAAAAAUAUAUAUACAAGUGUAUGAUGUACAUUUUAGUUCUUAACUUUUUUUUAUGGUUUCUAAUAUGUAUGACCAAUGUAGCUAUUGCUUUAAAAUGUACCGUGUAAAUAUAAACACAUCCUAUCA